AACUUGCAACAGAGAGUGUGAUCCCAAAGAUGCCUUUGCCCAAAACAAACCCGGAUCACAAGUCUUCAUUGAAGUAUCAGUGGCAGUAAUAUAAGGCCGGCCCCAAACGAUCGCAGAUGCUACUGCUGCCAUUAGUUUAAUGCACUUAGUUACAACAAAUGGAGCUUUUAUUAAUCUCUGCACUUCUGCAAGAAGAAUUCGGCAGGGGAUUGCAGGCCUGGUUCGCGGGAAGAAUGGUAAUCACCGGAGCUAUGAGCAACAAGGCCAUCGUUCACAAUCGCAUGGACUAAGCGAUUUUGAAGCUGAUCGUGUGACUUCUCAACCUUCUCAACAAAUAGGUACCGUAAGGACUUGUCCUAGAGCUAAAUGGAGUCACCAAAUGAAGCUAUUUCUUAUUCAACUCUUGAAAGAUCAUGAUGUGCCUGGUUUUCGAAACCAAAAUGCAUGGAGUAUGGAAGCAUGGACAGGUAUUACUUCUCAAUUGAAUACCAAGUUUGUUGUGUCAUUCACUGUUAACCAAGUCAAGCAAAAGGAGCAGGAUUUAAAAAAAGAUUAUCGAAGUGUAAAAGACUUGUUAGCUGAAAGUGGUUUUGGAUGGGAUAGCGUGAGAAUGAUGGUAGAUGCACCAACAGAUAUUUGGGCCACAUUUGCUGCUCGCAAGAACAGCAAGGAUGCCCUCCAAUGGCGAGACAAGUCUUUCCCAUACUAUGCUGAAUUGGUUCCACUCUACGACGGCCGUCAUGCUGAAGGAAGGACUCGUCGUGGUAUGGACUAUUAUGCAAGCAGGGCAAAUAAUGUGGUGAUUUCUAUUGAUGAACAGCCUGAUGCUUAUCAGUCUCCAUCGCCUACUUUACAAGGUGCUGGAGAAUAUGGUAUGCAUUUUUCUAUUGAGGAAGAGACCGAGGAUUUCAUUGCGGAUGCUGCCUAGCGUUCAUCAACACCUUUUCAACAAAUGAAAUCCACACCAAGCUCUGCACAAGCACGUACUGAUAAGCCUAGCAGCAGACGUGCAAAAAAACAAAAGAGAAGUACUACUGAACCUCCCGAGGGAUUUCAUGAGAGAUACCUAAAGCUGAAGCGGGAAGAAAUAGACCGAUUUGCAGCUAUCGAGGAGAAGAAAGCUUCUAUUGAGGAGAAGAAAGCAGAGGAUCCCUAAAGCAUUAACAAGUGUAUUAUAACUCUUGAAGGGUUAGAUGGUCUACAAGUGAGUGACAUUUUGUUGGCG